GCUAUAAAAUGGCCAACACAUCUCAAUGUUUUGUUUUUCUCUAAAUUUAGCAGUCUUCUCGCAAUUAUUAAGCGCCUCUUGCUAAAUUAUCACUCUUUCGUCAAGUUGCUAUCGUCAUGAAUCAGCUACCGCCACCAAACUGGGAAAUAACGGUGAAUCACGCGCAAGUUCAGCCUGGUUUCCAAACGAGCUAUUACCCAACAGUUCGCGAUGGUCAAUUUCCUCGGUUUAUGCCCGGUGCUUUACCUGGGUUAUAUCACUAUGGGCAGUGCAGAGGCCCAAAUAACACGCCAUGGAACAAGCAGACAUAUAAAUUAUCAUUACCGCCUGCAAGCAAACCUGUGCAUGCACCAGUCAUCCUUAGCUGUGAUGCAUGCUGUAGAGACUUCAACAGCCAGCGAUCACUUGAUGCCCACCUUGCAUUACAUGAAAAGUGUGAUCAGGAGGGCUGCGACUUCAAAGCAUCAAGAAAAGCACUAAAACUACACUUCAUACAGGUUCAUGCAGAGGGGCGGAUGAGAAUAAAGCUGGAUACUCCAGAAGAGAUAAACAAAUGGAGACAGGAAAGAAAAAGAAAUUACCCAACUGCUUCAAAUGUUGCCAAGAGGCAAGCAGUGAUGGAUGAGAAACAGACGAAUGGUCAAAUGCUUCAAACAACAAGCUACAGUUACAGAGGUAAUAAUCGUGGGAGGGGAGGGAGAGGACGCUGGCGCAGACAAAAUCAUGGUCACAUCCAAAGCAGAACACAGGUGCAGCCGUCUUCUCAACAGUACAAGACAUUGCCUAGUGAACAAUCAUCACCACACAAAAUGUCACAGAGAGAGCCACUCAAGACACCUGAGGGCGACCCAUUGGACGUACUGCUUGAUAUCAAUGGAAACAAAAGUGAGAUUGCAACUCCCAGCAUGGACUUGACAGAGUCAAAAGGGGCAGCAGCUGAUGCCCUACCCUUGUCUGCUCUUGGUGCUCUGUGUACGUACGGAGAUAUGUCUAGUGACGAGGAGGAAGAUGCUGAUUGUAGUGAGACCCCACAGAGGGAAAUCACAGCCACACCUACACCACCACCAGCACCAUCUCAACCAAAACUAACGACCCAGCUUCCCUUAAAACCAUCACCUCAACCAUUAUCCCAGACAGUCAUUAGUCUAGAUACCGAGAGAAAGCUUACCAAUGGGGCAGCAAACAGGACAAAACAGAAUACAAAGAGCAACAGAAAUCCCACUCUACUUGAAAUGCUUUUAGCUCCAGAAAUUCGUCAUGAGAGGAAUGCCAUUCUUCAGUGCUUGCGGUAUAUUGUAAGGAACAGCUUCUUUGAAACCUAGGGUUCAUAGCUGAUCAUAGUCAUUGUCUGGAGGAGAUGAGAUCUUUAUAGUCAAUGCCUUGAGGAGCUGUGAGGAGAUGUUUAUUAUUGAGCAAUUAGUACAUAUGCCUGGACAAUUAAAAAAAAUAGAGCUCA